AAAAGGAUGAAGAGCGGAUCUUAAAUUAGUCAAUGAGCGAAAAGUCAUCAUUCCUCCUCUGAGCUGAAAAGGAAACAGAGCUUACGGCGGUGGCGGCCGAUAAGAGGACGUCGGAGUAGCUGAUCGAUCGAUCUAGACUUCUAGUAGUGUUAAAAGUAAGAAUUGAUGGCGAGAUCUUCGAUAAUUCAUGAUCCGUUGCGGCUCCUGUUCUUCUUCUUCUUGUUCUUCGUUUUCGUCUUCGGAAUUGCUCGAGCUCAGAGUCAAACGUCAAACGCUACUACAGAUCCUGCUGAAGUUGCUGCCUUGAACACCAUAUUCCAACAAUGGGGAGUAUCAUUUCCAGGCACUUCUGGUCCAUGGAACGUAAGCGGAAACCCAUGCACUGGAGCUGCCAUCGAUUCAGUCUCCCUCGACGGCAAUGGGGCGUACAAUCCAGGCAUCAAAUGCGACUGUUCCUUCAACAACAACUCUAUUUGUCAUAUUACUCGAAUAAGAGUAUAUGCAGUAGAUGCUGCAGGACCAAUUCCAGAUGCGUUAUGGACUCUUACUUUCCUCACCAACUUGGACAUUGGGCAGAAUAUACUCUCAGGUCCUAUUUCCCCAGCUAUUGGAAAUCUGACUCGAAUGCAGUACAUGUCCCUUGGUAUUAAUGCAUUGUCUGGGGAGUUACCAGAGGAACUAGGAUUGCUUACAGAUUUAAGAUCAUUGUCUUUUUCUUCAAAUAACUUCUCUGGUCCAUUGCCAUCUACAAUUGGUAACUUACGGAAAUUAGAACAAUUGUAUAUGGAUAGUUGUGGAGCUAGUGGUCCUAUACCUGCAAGUUUUGCUGCUCUACAGAAUCUGCAUACUGUGUGGGCAUCAGAUAAUAACUUCACAGGCAACAUACCUGAUUUCAUUGGGGGUUGGACUAAGUUAACAGAAUUGAGGUUUCAGGGGAAUUCUUUCCAGGGUCCAAUUCCAUCAACAUUUUCCAACUUAACCUUGAUGGAGAGCUUACGAAUAAGUGACUUAUCCACGGGGAGCUCACAACUAACUUUUAUCCAGAACAUGACUUCUCUGAAAACCUUAAUUCUGAGAAACAACAAUAUUUCAGGAUCUAUACCAAGCUUUAUGGGAGGAUUUUUAAGUUUGUCAACUCUCGAUCUGAGUUUCAAUAACUUAACCGGAGGGAUUCCAGCGGCAGUGUUCAAUUUGAGCUCUCUCUCCUUCUUGUAUCUUGGGAAUAACAAACUGAUUGGUUCUGUCCCUUCACAAAAAAGCCAAUCUCUCCUCAAUGUAGAUCUGUCUUACAAUGAACUAUCAGGGUCAUUUCCUACUUGGAUAAGUGACAACAAUCUGCAGAUUAAUUUAGUUGCCAAUAACUUCACUAUUGGAAGCUCGGACAACAGUGGUUUGCCUUCAGGUCUAAAUUGUCUUCAGAAGAACUUUCCUUGUGGUCGCAAUUCACCUACAUAUUCCAGCUUUGCAAUCAAGUGUGGUGGUCCUCCAAUUACCUCUUCUACUGGUAUUCAAUUUGAGAGGGAAAAUGAGACUCUUGGACCAGCCACAUAUUUUACUACCAGCACAAGCCGGUGGGCUGUGAGUAAUGCCGGGCGCUUUGCAGAGAACAAUAACCCACUAUUUACAGCAGGCUCUACGUCUCAGUUCAAUAGUUUAGACUCAGAGUUGUUCCAAACAGCCAGAAAAUCUCCUGGAUCUCUCAGAUACUACGGAUUAGGUCUCGAGAAUGGAAACUAUACUGUCAGCCUCCAGUUUGCAGAAAUAGAAAUAUCUAAUGAGCAGUCUAGGUGGCAAAGUCUUGGAAGGCGUGUUUUUGAUAUAUAUAUCCAGGGACAACUAGAACUUAAGGAUUUUGAUAUAGUGAAAGCGGCAGGUGGGGCAACUCGAGCCCAUGAAAGAAAAUUUACUGCUAAUGUGUUUGAAAACUAUCUUGAGAUCCAUCUGUUUUGGGCUGGUAAAGGGACCUGUUGUAUACCCGCACAAGGUACAUACGGUCCCUUGAUCUCAGCAAUCAGUGCCACCCCAGACUUUGUUCCCACUGUAAGUAACAAGCCUCCAAGCUCUAAGAAGAACAAUACAGGCUUGAUUGCGGGAGUUGUUGUUUCUGUUGGAGUUGUAAUCUUGGCAUCUUUGUUUGCUAUAUAUUUCUAUAUUCAAAGGAAAAAAAGAUUACAGAACAUUGAUGAUGAAGAGUUCUUGGGAAUGGAGACGAAACCGUUCAUGUUCAGUUACAGUGAGCUGAGAGCUGCAACAGGUGAUUUUUCUUCUACGAACAAGCUUGGGGAGGGUGGCUUUGGACCGGUUUUCAAGGGAUCACUCAGUGAUGGACGGGUAGUUGCUGUUAAGCAAUUGUCUGUUGCAUCCCACCAAGGAAAAAGUCAGUUUGUAGCAGAGAUAGCUACAAUAUCUGCAGUGCAGCACCGUAAUCUUGUCAAACUGUAUGGUUGCUGUCUUGAAGGAGAAAAAAGACUGCUUGUUUAUGAGUUUCUAGAAAACAAGAGUCUCGACCAAGCACUAUUUGGUGAAAAGGCUGGUUUCAUUCUUGAUUGGCCCACUCGUUUUGAUAUAUGCUUGGGCGUAGCUAGGGGAUUAACUUACCUUCAUGAGGAAUCUCGGCUACGAAUUGUGCAUAGAGAUGUGAAGGCCAGUAAUAUUUUGCUCGACUCCAAUCUUAUUCCCAAGAUAUCUGACUUUGGUUUGGCUAAACUGUACGAUGAUAAGAAGACCCAUAUAAGCACCCGUGUUGCAGGGACUAUUGGGUAUCUCGCACCAGAGUAUGCUAUGCGUGGGCACCUUACAGAGAAAGCUGAUGUGUUUGGUUUUGGUGUGGUGGCCUUGGAGAUUGUCGCUGGAAGACCAAACUCUGACACAAGUUUGGAUACAGACAAGAUGUACCUUCUAGAAUGGGCUUGGAAUCUGCAUGAAAACAAUGCGGAAGUUGAGCUGGUAGAUGAAAAGAUGUCAGAUUUCAACGAAGAAGAAGUAAAGCGAUUAAUUGGGGUGGCUCUACUCUGCACUCAGACUUCUCCAACAAUGAGACCACCCAUGUCUCGUGUAGUGGCAAUGCUUUCUGGAGACAUAGAAGUUGGUUCAGCAAGCUCACGGCCUGGCUAUCUGACUGACUGGAAGUUCAGUGACACUACCACUUUCAUGAGCAAUGAUUCCGACUUGAAAACUGGCAAUAAUAGUCACUACACCGCCACCUCAUCAAGCGCAGACUUCGGAACUUCUAUAGAAAGGUCCCCAAUUGGCCAUCAAUCUUCCCUUGACAGCAUCAUUGGCGAGGGAAGAUAGAUAUUACGCUAAUUUUAAAAUUAUCAUGUUUAUGUAUGUUUGUGUUGCCUUAUUAUUAUUGUGUUUGUGUUGCCUUAUUAUUAUUGUGUUUCUUCUAGUUAGAAUUUGUGUUAAAGCUUUGUUGUGAUAAUAAUCUAUAUGUGGAAUGAGGAUAUUUCAAGUACAGACACAAUGAAAAAUAGUAUUGCUUACAUUUUUGUUUAAAGUGAACUUAUUAUUGAGACAAUGUUUGAUAGACAUGACAAUAUUGAAUUUUAUGU